AUGUCGCAUUCACCAGCCACCAACGGUGUGCCCAAGGUCACCUCUCCAGUGAUCGAGACGCCUCUUCUGAUUGUCGGCGCGGGUCCCGCUGGCGCCUCGUUGGCAUGUUUUCUCUCCCACCCACCAUACUCGAUGACGGGUAUCAUGAUUGCCGCAGCCCCGACAACAGCCCAAACUCCUCGAGCGCAUAUCACCAAUCCUGCCGCGCUCGAAUGCCUGAGGGACAUCGAUCUGGAGCAGACGUGUCUCACCGAAGCCGUUGAUGGCGACUGUAUGAUCCACACCCGCUGGUGUCACGACAUGACCGGUGAAGAGUAUGCCCGGAUCUACUCGUGGGGCAAUGACCCCAAGCGGCGAGGCGAGUAUGACGGCGCCAGUCCCUGUCACCAUGUGGAUCUGCCUCAGACAGUGUUCGAGCCCAUUUUAGUCCAGAGAGCUUCCGCCCAAGGGUGGGAUGUGCGGUUCCGAACCAGCAUUAUCGAUUUCAAGAAAGAAGAGGACGGGAAGAUCCUCAGUCGGGUUCGGGACGGGCUGACUCAGACCGAGUACUUGAUCCGGUCAACCUACCUAUUCGGCUGCGAUGGCGCCAGAAGUCAAGUCCUGAGAGAGUUGAAGAUCCCCUUGCACAAGAAGCCGGGCCAGGGUUUGGCGAUAAAUGUGCUGGUGAAGGUUGAUCUAAGUGACUUCGUUGAAGCCCGGAAGGGUAAUCUGCACUGGGUCUUCCAGCCUGAGAAAGAAUAUCCCGACUUUGCCUGGAGUGGUCUGAUCCGAAUGGUCAAGCCGUGGAAUGAGUGGAUGUUUAUUCUCUUCCCGAAGCCCGGCACAGAAUGGAAGGAGCCAACUCACGAGCAAUACCUCCAGAGGUGCAAGGAGAUUGUCGGUCGCGACGACAUUCCACUUGAGAUCCUGGAUAUUUCCAAAUGGAACAUCAACGAGAUUGUGGCCGAGUAUUAUUCCGACGGAAACAUUUUCUGUCUAGGCGACGCAGUACACCGACAUCCCCCAUUCAAUGGCCUGGGCUCGAACUCUUGCGUCCAGGAUGCUUUCAACUUGGCGUGGAAAAUAAAGUACGUCUCUCAGGGACUUGCCUCGCCUGCUGUGCUCGAGAGCUUCAGCCAGGAACGCCAGCCCGUAGGCUACGGUUUGGUUACUCGUGCAAACCAAGGUAUUCGUGAUCACGCCCCGGUGUGGAAAGAGAUGGGUCUGCUGGAGGAGACGGUGGAAAAGAGGAUGAAGAUUUUCAACAGCCUCAAGUCCGUCUCACCCGAGGCUCGAGAGAGGAGAAAGAGACUCAAUGCCGCCGUUGAGGCGACCAGCCAGGAGUUCCACGGCAUCGGCGUCGAAAUGAACCACAGGUAUGAAUCGGCUGCUGUUUACGUCGACGACGAGGUCAAGGCCGGCCGGCCGAAACCGGAGUGGCCCGAGGACGCCGUCUUGCACCACAAAAUCAGCACAUACCCGGGGCACCGGCUGCCACAUGUCUGGCUGAACAAAACCAUGCCCAUCAAGGAUCAUGUCUCGACCAUCGAUCUCGCCGGCCACGGACGCUUCUGCCUCAUCACCGGUAUCGGCGGUGAGAAAUGGAUCGAAGCCGCACAAAAGGUCGGGCACGAGCUCGGGGUUUCAAUCAAAGGCGAAAGCAUUGGUUGGGGUCAAGAAUGGGUGGAUGUGUACCGGGAUUGGGAGCGAAGAAGAGAAGUCGAGGAAGACGGCUGCGUCCUUGUCCGGCCUGACAGAUUCAUUGCGUGGCGCUCGAUGCAGCUCAGGGACGACUGUGAAGACAAGCUGAGGGCUGUAAUGAAGAGUAUUCUAGGACGAGCAUGA